CGGAGCGGAGCCGGUGCCGGGGCCGGGGGCUCAUUGCGGCGCGGCGGCACCAUGGCCACCACCGUGCCCUGCACCCGCUUCACCGACGAGUACCAGCUCUACGAGGAGAUCGGCAAGGGGGCUUUCUCGGUGGUUCGGCGCUGUGUCAAGCUCUGCUCCGGCCAUGAGUACGCAGCCAAGAUCAUCAACACCAAAAAGCUCUCUGCCAGAGACCACCAGAAGCUGGAGCGGGAGGCGCGGAUCUGCCGACUGCUGAAACACUCCAACAUUGUACGGCUCCACGACAGCAUCUCGGAGGAGGGUUUCCAUUACCUUGUCUUUGACCUGGUGACUGGCGGGGAGCUCUUCGAGGACAUCGUGGCGCGGGAGUACUACAGUGAGGCUGAUGCCAGCCACUGCAUCCAGCAGAUCCUAGAGGCUGUUCUGCACUGUCACCAGAUGGGGGUCGUGCACAGAGACCUCAAGCCUGAGAACCUGCUCUUGGCCAGCAAGUGCAAGGGGGCAGCGGUGAAGCUGGCUGACUUCGGCCUCGCCAUCGAGGUGCAGGGGGACCAGCAGGCCUGGUUCGGCUUUGCGGGCACCCCGGGGUAUCUCUCCCCUGAAGUUCUGCGCAAAGAGGCCUACGGGAAACCUGUGGACAUCUGGGCCUGUGGCGUCAUCCUGUACAUCCUGCUGGUGGGCUACCCUCCGUUUUGGGAUGAGGACCAGCACAAACUCUACCAACAGAUCAAGGCCGGUGCCUAUGAUUUCCCUUCACCCGAGUGGGACACAGUCACCCCUGAAGCGAAAAACCUCAUCAACCAGAUGCUGACCAUCAACCCUGCCAAGCGCAUCACCGCCCACGAGGCCCUCAAGCACCCCUGGGUCUGUCAACGCUCCACUGUGGCCUCCAUGAUGCACAGGCAGGAGACGGUCGAGUGCCUGAAAAAGUUCAACGCCCGGAGGAAGCUCAAGGGCGCCAUCCUCACCACCAUGUUGGCCACCAGGAACUUCUCAGUGGGCAGACAGACCACCGCUCCUCCGACCAUCGCGGCCCCCGCCGCCCCUGCCCCCCUGGGGCUGGUGGAACAAGCAGCUAAGAGCUUACUGAACAAGAAGGCAGACGGUGUGAAGCCCCAGACCAACAGCACCAAAGGCAGCGCUGCUGUCACCAGCCCCAAGGGGACACUCCCACCUGCCGCUCUGGAGCCUCAAACUACUGUAAUUCAUAACCCCGCGGACUGCACCAAGGAGUCGUCUGAUAGCACCAACACCACCAUCGAGGAUGAGGACACCAAAGCCCGCAAGCAGGAGAUCAUCAAGAUCACAGAGCAGCUGAUCGAGGCCGUGAACAACGGGGACUUCGAGGCCUACGCGAAGAUCUGUGACCCCGGGCUGACCUCCUUCGAGCCCGAGGCGCUGGGCAACCUGGUGGAGGGGAUGGACUUUCACCGCUUCUACUUCGAGAACCUGCUCUCCAAGAACAACAAGCCCAUCCACACGACCAUCCUGAACCCCCAUGUACACGUGAUCGGGGAGGAGGCUGCCUGCAUCGCCUACAUCCGCCUCACCCAGUACCUGGACGCCCAGGGCCGGCCCCGCACCAGCCAGUCGGAGGAGACGCGCGUCUGGCACCGCCGCGACGGCAAGUGGCAGAACGUCCAUUUCCACGGCUCGGGGGCCCCGGUCGCCCCGCUGCAGUGAUGAGUCGGUGGGGGCUGUCCUGGUUCCAGCCUGAUGGAGACGGCGAUGGGAGCCAAAGCGGCAGCCGGAGCUGCGUCCGCAUGCCUGUCCCCCCCCCAGCUCCUCCCCCUCUCCAGUGCCUGUGUUUGCAGAAAACAAAAAGACAAAAAAAAACACCCCAACAAAACAAACGAAAAAAACCACAACAAAACCCCAAAAUGACGAGGGGAAAAAAAAAAAAAAAAGGGAAAAAAAAAGGGGGGGGGGGGGAAACCAAACAAAUCCCAACACCCCCCCCAAAAAAAAAAAACAA